AAUCAUCAGACAUUUAUACUCUCAGCCAUGGCCACCCUCUCUCAUGUCUUGUCACUAUCCCUCCUCUUCCUCUCCUUAGCCCAUGGCCUCAACAACCCUCAAUGUAGUGAGACCAAGGAGCAAGGCUCAACCCUCCAAAUCUUCCAUGUCUACAGCCCAUGCUCUCCCUUCAGACCCUCCAAACCAAUGUCAUGGGAGGAGAGUGUCCUCCAAAUGCAGGCCAAGGACCAGGCCAGGCUUCAGUUCCUGUCCAGCCUCGUCGCCAAAAAAUCGGUUGUUCCGAUCGCCUCUGGCCGGCAGAUCAUUCAGAGCCCCACUUACAUUGUGAAGGCUAAGAUCGGCACACCACCUCAGACUUUGCUCAUGGCUGUUGACACUAGCAGCGAUGCUGCUUGGGUUCCAUGCAAUGGCUGCGUUGGCUGCUCCUCCAGUGUGUUUAACUCUGCCAAAUCCACAACCUACAAGAACCUUGGCUGCCAAGCUGCUCAGUGCAAGCAGGUCCCCAACCCCACUUGCUUAGGCGGCUCCUGCGGUUUCAACAUGACUUACGGUAGCUCCAGCAUAGCAGCUAACCUCUCACAAGAAACCUUCACCCUAGCCACCGACUCCGUCCCCGGCUACACAUUCGGUUGCAUCCAGAAGGCCACUGGCAGCUCCGUUCCGCCACAGGGUCUUCUGGGGCUUGGCCGGGGACCAUUGUCACUUCUAUCCCAAACCCAAAACCUCUAUCAAUCCACAUUCUCAUACUGCCUCCCCAGCUUCAAGUCCCCAAACUUUUCUGGAUCAUUGAGACUUGGCCCUGUUGGGCAGCCCAAGAGGAUCAAGUACACCCCACUGCUCAAGAACCCUAGAAGAUCAUCACUCUAUUAUGUGAACUUAAAUGCAAUUAGGGUUGGCAGGAGAAUUGUUGAUAUCCCUCCUGCUGCUUUGGCAUUCAAUCCCACCACUGGUUCAGGGACCAUCUUUGAUUCAGGAACCGUGUUCACUCGAUUAGUGCAACCGGCCUACCUCGCCGUCCGAAACGAGUUCCGAAGGCGAGUGGGCCCAAAAAUACCGGUGACAUCCCUAGGCGGGUUCGACACAUGCUACUCAGUCCCCUUUGUCGUGCCUACGAUAACGUUCAUGUUCUCGGGCAUGAACGUGACACUGCCACAGGACAACAUUGUAAUCCACAGCACAGCUGGUAGCAUCACAUGUCUAGCCAUGGCAGCCUCACCAGACAACUUGAACUCGGUGCUAAAUGUCAUUGCCAAUAUGCAGCAACAGAACCACAGAGUGCUCAUUGAUGUGCCAAACUCAAGGCUUGGUGUGGCCCGUGAGGCCUGCACUUAGUCAAUCUUUUGUUGCCCUUCCCCCAAACUCCCACGACUAUCUGUGGCCAACUACUGUAAACGUAGUACUAUUUUUAGCUUGGGUUUUUUCUUCUUUGUGGGGUUAUUUUGGCCUUUGUAUCAAAGUUAUUGUUGGACGUCAAGGACACAAAAGUGGGAUAUUGAUAGGAAAGGUCCAAAAUUUAAGUGUUCUUGUAGGUUUACACCGACAAAUGUCACGAGGAAGGGAUCUCAAUCUCAAGGUCUAGCUUUGUGUCUUUUUCUCUGGUUGGAUUGGUUUAGAUAGGUAUCAGCACAGUGUCACGGGUUAUUUUUGCAAGAUGCUUGCAGCAAGAACCCUGUCCAUUUCCAAGGUUUUUAAUUCAAUAAAAUUUUCCGUCAUCCUUUGAAGAUA